GCGCACUGUCCCGGGAGGGGCUCCACGCGCGCAGCUUUAGUCCCCGCCCCUGGAGCCGGCGGCGCAGGCCGCAGCUUCCCGCCGCCCGAGCGGGCCAGCCUGCUGCGUGCGUGCGUGUGUACGUCUCUGCGUGCGUGCGUGCGUGCGUGCCGUCAGCUCGCCGGGCACCGCGGCCUCGCCCUCGCCCUCCGCCCCUGCGCCUGCACCGCGUAGACCGACCCCCCCGCAGCGCGCGCACCCCUUAGAAGACCCCCGCCCGUGCCCCGAUAGGUCCCCGCCUUUUUGUAAAACUUAAAGCGGGCGCAGCCUUAACGCUUCCCGCCCCGGUGACCUCUCAGGGGUCUCCCCGCCAAAGGUGCUCCGCCGCUAAGGAACAUGGCGAAGGUGGAGCAGGUCCUGAGCCUCGAGCCGCAGCACGAGCUCAAAUUCCGAGAUUCAAAAUUCCAGUUGGAUCAUCAAGGUCCCUUCACCGAUGUUGUUACCACCAACCUAAAGCUUGGCAACCCGACAGACCGAAAUGUGUGUUUUAAGGUGAAGACUACAGCACCACGUAGGUACUGUGUGAGGCCCAACAGCGGAAUCAUCGAUGCAGGGGCCUCAAUUAAUGUAUCUGUGAUGUUACAGCCUUUCGAUUAUGAUCCCAAUGAGAAAAGUAAACACAAGUUUAUGGUUCAGUCUAUGUUUGCUCCAACUGACACUUCAGAUAUGGAAGCAGUAUGGAAGGAGGCAAAACCGGAAGACCUUAUGGAUUCAAAACUUAGAUGUGUGUUUGAAUUGCCAGCAGAGAAUGAUAAACCACAUGAUGUAGAAAUAAAUAAAAUUGUAUCCACAACUGCAUCAAAGACAGAAACACCAAUAGUGUCUAAGUCUCUGAGUUCUUCUUUGGAUGACACCGAAGUUAAGAAGGUUAUGGAAGAAUGUAAGAGGCUGCAAGGUGAAGUUCAGAGGCUACGGGAGGAGAACAAGCAGUUCAAGGAAGAAGAUGGACUGCGGAUGAGGAAGACAGUGCAGAGCAACAGCCCCAUUUCAGCAUUAGCCCCAACUGGGAAGGAAGAAGGCCUUAGCACCCGGCUCUUGGCUCUGGUGGUUUUGUUCUUUAUCGUUGGUGUAAUUAUUGGGAAGAUUGCCUUGUAGAGGUAGCAUGCACAGGAUGGUAAAUUGGAUUGAUGGAUCCACCAUAUCAUGGGAUUUAAAUUUAUCAUAACCAUGUGUAAAAAGAAAUUAAUGUAUGAUGACAUCUCACAGGUCUUGCCUUUAAAUUACCCCUCCCUGCACACACAUACACAGAUACACACACACAAAUAUAAUGUAACAAUCUUUUAGAAAGUUAAAAAUGUAUAGUAACUGACUGGGGGGGGGGAGAAUGAUCUUUAUUAAUGACAAGGGAAACCAUGAGUAAUGCCACAAUGGCAUAUUGUAAAUGUCAUUUUAAACAUUGGUAGGUCUUGGUACAUGAUGCUGGAUUACCUCUCUUAAAAUGACACCCUUCCUCGCCUGUUGGUGCUGGCCCUUGGGGAGCUGGAGCCCAGCUUGGUGGGGAGUGCAGUCAGCUCCACACAGUAGUUCCCACGUGGCCCACUCCCGGCCCAGGCUACUUUCCGUGUCUUCGGUUCUGUCGAAGCCAUCAGCUCCUUGGGACUGAUGAACAGAGUCAGAAGCCCAAAGGAAUUGCACUGUGGCAGCAUCAGACAUACUCCUCAUAAGUGAGAGGCGUGUGUUGACUGACUGACGCAGCGCUUUGGAAAUAAAUGGCAGUGCUUUGUUCACUUAAAGGGACCAAGCUAAAUUUGUAUUGGUUCAUGUAGUGAAGUCGAACUGUUAUUCAGAGAUGUUUAAUGCAUAUUUAACUUAUUUAAUGUAUUUCAUCUCAUGUUUUCUUACUGUCACAAGAGUACAGUUAAUGCUGCGUGCUGCCGAACUCUGUUGGGUGAACUGGUAUUGCUGCUGGAGGGUUGUGGGCUCCUCUGUCUCUGGAGAGUCUGGUCAUGUGGAGGUGGGGUUUAUUGGAAUGUUGGAGAAGAGCUGCCAGGAAGUGUUUUUUUGGGUCAGUAAAUAACAACUGUCAUAGGGAGGGAAAUUCUCAGUAGUGACAGUCAACUCUAGGUUACCUUUUUUAAUGAAGAGUAGUCAGUCUUCUAGAUUGUUCUUACACCACCUCUCAACCAUUACUCACACUUCCAGCGCCCAGGCCCAAGUCUGGGCCUGACCUCCCCUUGGGGACCUAGCUUGGAGUCAGGACGAAUGGAUCGGGCUGCAGAGGGUUAGAAGCGAGGGCACCAGCAGUUGGUGGUGGGGAACAGGGGAAGAGAGAAACUCUUCAGCUAAUCCCUGUAGUACUAGUUGAGAGUUUGACUGUGAAUUAAUUUUAUGCCAUAAAAGACCAAUCCAGGUCUGUUUGACUAUGUAGCAUCUUGAAAAGAAAAAUUAUAAUAAAGCCCCAAAAUUAAGAAUUCUUUUGUCAUUUUGUCACAUUUGCUCUAUGGGAGGAGUUAUUAUUUUAUCAUUUUUAUUAUUUUGCCAUUGGAAGGUUAACUUUAAAAUGAGCCCUAUCACUGAGAAAUAUGUGUUUCAUGAUUUAACUAUAUAUAUGUGUGUGUGUGUGUGUGUGUGUGUGUGUGUAUUUUUUUUUUUUUUGGUUGUCUUCAACUGACAGUAUGAAAAAUGAAACUGCUGAAAAAGCUGAGCACCUGGUCACCCUUGGCCUUCCAUUGCUUUGGCCUUCAAUAAAAAGCAGCCUCCCUUCUAGGUCAGGGAACCAUGCCAUUGAGACUAGUAACAGGCGUUCUGGGCACAGUCCCACUGUGCACAGGUUUGAGAGGACAAGUUCAUCAGAAGGAAGGCAGUCCUUAGAAGUCACAUACGUCGAGCCACAUUGCUCCUAAGCCUGGCUCUGUCAAGCUGGGUCAGGGGCCUUGAAACUGGAGAAGUGGAAGUCAGUGGUUGGUCUGAGUAAGUAACUUCCUGUCUUCAUGAAAAAAGUUGACUUUGAAUCCCAGGUACUAACAGAAAUGGUGAGCAGAUUUAGUUGUUACCCAGGGUCCCAUGGAUUGUGUUGAGUGUGCAGACAGGCCACCCCAAUAGGAAUUCGUCUCUAGGAUUUUUCCCAUGUGGCCCCCAGUACUUAUAAAAGGGAGUGAAAAGACCGAGCUGUAAGGCAUGUGCCUUCUGCCACCUGAUUUUCUGUGAGGGGACUAAAAUUUACUAAUUGUAGCUGCUGCAGCCAGUUAAGUCCUGUAGCUUCCAGGCCCUCAUGUCCUUGAUAGGAGAGUGCUUAGAUGGUCCCCAACAGUGCCUAGGGGUACAGUACAGUCCCAUUACACUAGAGCAGGGCUCUAUUUAUUUUUAAAGGAUAUGGCCGUGUGUUUUGAUAAAACUUUAUUCACAAAAACAGCCAGGUCAUGGGAUUUGGCCUGUGACAGUUCUUAAAAAGAAUAUCUGAGAAACUACUCUGUUUUAGACCGUUGAACAUGAUUUAGAGUUUUGUGUACAUCUAGGAGAAGGUGUUCAGCUUCUCAGAGGAUGUGGACAUUUUGGUUGCAGCUAAAAAUCAGCCUCUGAAGUCUCUCUCCCUUCUAGAGGUUAGGACUUGGUGAACAUGUUUGUGGGCCUUUUGACUGAGUGGCAGAAGGAAACUCCUCAGGAAGAGAAGCAGGUGAGUGAUAGAAAGGUUGAUUAUUUUCUCAGUCAUCCUGGCAGCCAAAAAUGUGCCAGGAAAAGAAAGAAUGUGGAGCAGGCGUGGCUCCUGGAGAACUUGGAGAUGCGUGCACAUUUAGGGUGUCUUCCCUAGAAUUACAUAAUGAAAAAAAGAAUAAGGCAAAGAGGAGGUGAAUAUGGGGCCUGUCACAAUGGCCUGCCCUGCGCCAAGAGAUUAAGAGUCAGAUAAUCGGCCGGGCGCGGUGGCUCACGCUUGUAAUCCCAGCACUUUGGGAGGCCGAGGCGGUCGGAUCACGAGGUCAGGAGAUCGAGACCACGGUGAAACCCCGUCUCUAUUAAAAAAUACAAAAAAUUAGCCGGGCGCGGUGGCGGGCGCCUGUAGUCCCAGCUACUCGGAGGCUGAGGCAGGAGAAUGGCGUGAACCCGGGAGGCGGAGCUUGCAGUGAGCCGAGAUUGCGCCACUGCACUCCAGCCCGGGCGACAGAGCGAGACUCUGUCUCAAAAAAAAAAAAAAAAAAGAGUCAGAUAAUCAGGAUGAAACUGGCAUGGAAAGAGCGAGGCUGGGGAGGGUGCCGCUGGGCAGUGUGCAUGGGGGAGCUGCUGCCAGGCUGCCCUGCAGUCUGCUCCUGUGGUUACUGGCUCCACGGCACCUCAGAGAGGGUGGCCCUGGCUUCAGAAACACCAGCCGUAGUGCGCACAAAUGCAGAAGAGAUGGAAGCGGUGACAGAAUCCUGAAAGUCUUUAUUGAUUGAAGUUUUAAAUUGAUAAUUUAAGCUUCCUUGGCACGAUACAAAAUACCUCUUAAAGACAGCAGGCUGUUUUAUUUGUAGGUGUGAGGAACUGGCUUUAACUUCGUUCUCCUCCUAGUUUGCAUAUUUUCCUUCUCUAGUCUUCUAAACUGCUGGCACCAGCAGUAAUACAUACUGAUAAAAUCAAAAUUGAUUUUUACCAGUGGCCAGUUUAUGGCUAGAGAGACGGCUUAUACCUCCAUAACACAGAAGGGGGAAAAAUGAAGAACCUCCAGUGAUCCGUGAAAACCUAAACGCUUUCAAACAAAUCCCAGGAACAGAAUUGCUAUCAAAAGAUAUCAGUGCCCGGUUUGCAGGCUCUGUUGAGUCAGAUAGAACUGAAUGUAGUGAGCGCUCAGAGCUAAAGAGCCUUUCAGAUGAAUUUGAAAACAGGCUCUGUGUGCAUGCAUGUGUGCAUGUGUGGCAUAUGUGCCAUAUGUCAGUAGCUUGACAGUUUUCAAUCAUGCCGAUAUUUUUUGCAUACACAAAUUUUUGUAUUUGCAAACUCAGAAUCCAUGCCAAAAUACAAUGUCAUUUGUCAUUUUCAGCUCCUUCUCUAAAGGAAUGGCCCAUUUCUCAUUGUAGUUUGAAAAAUACGUAUAUCAAGAGAUAGGGGUCUUGGGCUUCCCAGUGUCACUUUGAACACCUGAAUAACAUUUAACUCCUGAGACCUUCUCGGUGUAGAGGCCACUGCUUCCCCCUGCUGGAGAUGGCAUUUCAUUGAAGGGCCUCUCGUGGCUUCCCCUGCCCCCGGCUGUCUGGCCUGAAGAAGGAGAAAGAACCAAACUGAACUAUGAAAAGUUACUACUCUGAGGAGACCUCUCUUAAUUACGCUUGGGGCCAUGUUUGCUGUUGUUGAGAAGGAGUAUUCUCAAAGAUGAGCUAGAAUGGAAUUGUAUUUAGAGAGGCAAAGUAUAUAGAUGGAUGACUCUAGUUCAUGACAUACAAAUCCCUUAAGGCCAACGACCACUCUUCUGGAACACCAAGAGCAGCUCUGAGAUCAUGCAUGCCCUACAUGAAUUGAGUUUCUGUGGUCUAAUUGGAUUUGGAGAACGCCUUCCCUGGCCCCUUUUUCCCCAGACAGAUCUGCUCUGAUAGGAACCUUUUCAAGAAAGUUACUGUUGUUUCAGUGCCACUCCUUACCUGUAUAGAACAUUUCCAAUAUAUUCGCUCAUUGAACUUAAUCCUUGCAACUGUGACUGGGGGGUAGAUGGCUCUGUUUGCAUACAAAGAAAUAAAGGCUCCAGGAGGUUAAAUUGGGCAACUUUUUAGAACUAAAUCAGUCUCUGUAAGGCCUGCAUUGCUAAGAUACCAUUUCAGCUCUGAAAAUCUGCUUCAGGGAACUGAGUGGAUGAAGCCUUCCUGUCUCAGCUACUCUGCCUGUCUGUACAUCUUUUAUGUGUCUGCCUCCAUACCUUAUUCAGUUAUUUUCACACUAAGUAGAAUUAAGAUUGUAGUUCAGAUACUUUUUCUUUUUCUGUUGGAAACUGAACACACUCCAGACAGUGAAAAAAAGUGCAUAUUCCAUUUUCUCAUUGCCUGAAGAUCUCUGCCCGAUGCUCCUGGGGAAUGACUGGGGUCUUUAGAAAGAAUAUUACCAGUCUGUCUCAGCAAGGAGAUGAUGGGAACGCUUUAUAUGGAGGCUUUACAUGACUUGUAAAUUAAAUGUGAAUGAGGGCAGUUGAUUAAAAUUGGUAUUAGAGAAGUGCCCUGCCGAGGUCUGAAAACAGCUGAGCUGCUGAUGUCUCGGGCCUUCCCCUGAAUUAGCACUGCGUUUCUCCAGGAAAUCAGUGAAGGGGGCAAGUAAUAGAAGCCCCUGAUAAGGAGCAUCAGCCGAGAGGCAAGCUUGGGAGGCUGUGGGAAUGGGUCUGCCGCCAGCUUCACAGACCUCUUCCUCCAGCCUCUGAAUCUGGUUAGCCACAGCCUAGAACGUUAGCUGAGCUGCACGAGCUCACCCACCACUGUGCCCGGGGGGCCCUGACCUCCCUCCAUGCCAUGUUUUUAGCUGUAUCUACGACACUUAACAAUAGGGGAUUCUUUUUAUUUUCGUUACAGAAGUAUUUUGAAAAAUUUAAAAGACACGAACUCACAUAAACAGUUAUGGAUGAUAGUUAAAAGGGAAACCGGUGGAGGUGGAUGAGAGGUUGUCUUCAUGAAUAUAAUUACUUGAGAUUUUUUUUCUUAAUGGAAUUAAUUUAUUAGAAAAUGUCUGCGUUAAAUCCGUAGAAAAGGAAGAAAAGUGUAGCAACAAAAAUGUAGCUGUUAUCUAACUUGCCAUAAAUAUUUGCAGUUCUGAUACCUUGGAAUGUUGCCACGAUAUGGAUUGCUUUGAUUAAAAGAUGUCAGUUGAAUAAAACAGUACUGUGGGAGAAUCGCUUUCUGCUGCUAGAUAAAUGCUGAUGUUUAUUUUUGAACCAGGAAACAUUGAUCCUGUAACAAUGCCCGAUUACAAUUGCUUUAUUACACCCCAGGGCUGAUGGAGAUGUAAUCACUUGGCUAAUGGAUGUGGGUGCAGGACGGAUGCUCGGAUGCUCGCUUGCUGGCCCGCUUUUCUGCUUGCAUUCUGAUGAGCCGCAGGAGUGCGCCUGGCCUUCUGCAGGUGGAGCUGCUGUCAGAGCUUUGUUUCACUGAUACCCAAAGCCAUGUCUGACUGAAAUAAAACAGGUUCCCUUUUUGUUUUUCCUUUGGAAAAUGCCAACUAAGGGAGACUAAUCAGAUAUCUUAACACAAUUUCAUCUAGGCUUAGUGCUAACAAGAUUGUGGGGCUUUUUAGGGUUUAAGAAGAUGAGAAAUUAGUGUGCACGUUUCACACGUUGACUUGCCGGUUUUUCCAUGUCAUACAAAAAAGUCCUGGCUGUUUCUCUGAACUGGCUGCCUGCAUUCCCAUCUUUCUUUUGUUUUUAAGAAAUAGACUGAAUUCAGCUGUUAAUCCUCUAAUACAGCAUCCAUGUUAAAAUGUUUUUCCAUUGCAUCUUUUAUGUGAAUUCAAAGGUCAGAAUUUAUUGUCUGUGAUAUUGAGACCAUGUGUACAAGAACUACUUUUUGCUUUUCAUCAUUCACUCCUUAGCAAAUGUUUCAUAAGUACCCUCUGUCUGUUUGCUACUAUAUGAGGUGCUGAGAAAUUAGUGGGAGUGACUUUUUAUAUUUUUCAUUCGUAUGUAGCCUAAGUAAGGUGAUUCAAGAUUAUACACUGAGAGAAAAAUGCAAAAUAUAUUUGGUUCUCAUUUCUGUUGCUGUCAUUUCCUUUUUAAAGACUAUUUAUCAACUGCUGCCAUUUGGAACUUCCUAUAAGAAACUAAAAAUGAUCUAUUUCAGUGUUCCUUUUGCCUUUCCUCUCCUUUCUGAAUAAAUGGUUUCAGUAACCCGUGCUGUUCUCUGCCUAUUCUACGUCUUUCUCCCUAUGUUGAAAAAAGAUUCCUACAGUUUCUGAUGUGUGUGUUUAUUGUCUUCGAUGUAUGUUAACAUUUUAGGAACUGAGUAUCUUAAGAGAUGUCUUAGAAUGCUUUAGUUUUCAUAAUUUUUCCUUUAUGUAUUUUUCAUUGUAUUUGCUGUUUUGACAUGGAAGUAAUUUAAAAAGUUGGUGUAGGAAAGGACUCUUUACUAUUGCACAUUUUGGUUAUCUGAUAUGUAAUAAAUUCAUGGCUUGGCAGCUGACAUGACGUUUCCCAGAGAGAAGGAGAUGUAGUUCUGCAGGGUCCAGACCAAAAGAGCCAUUUACAGCAUGUUCUCCCAUGUUCCAUAUCAGCCUGAUGAAACCUGCCCUGCCAAGGCAUAAACUUUUGUACUAGCUGUCUCCAUAUUAUGUUCAAUAAAUUCUGUGCUCUGAAUAUAUUUAAA